GAGGGAGCCAUCACUGAAGAAAUCAAAUCAAUUUUAUACUACUUUCAGUAAACAUUCGUGUAUCUUUGUGUGACCGGGAAUCUUGCAAUUAACGCACUUGUUUGUGAAAUGGAAGAUUAUUUUAAUUCUGUUAACAAAUUGAAAUCUUUGGACUUCAACGAACUGACCAUUGUUCUUGGGAAUGAGAGUUGCGAUCUAGAUUCAGUCAUCAGCUCUCUAGUGUAUGCCAUAUUUUUGCACUGGCAACACCAGCAGAUCAAAUGCAAAGUGUGCACAAAGAACAAGAGAGAUGAAGAGGCAUACAAAGAUGAUAUUUUUGUUUCAAUCUUAAACGUUGACAGGGAAGAUUACGAUUUAAAAACUGAAGUGGUAUAUGUUCUCAGCGAGCAUGGCAUCAACAAUAGGCAUUUAGUUUUCAAAAAUGACAUAGAUUUGCAACAGCUGGUUGUGAAGAAACCGACAAAAGUGGUUUUAGUCGAUCACCACACAUUGUCAGCUCACGAUCGGUUUCUCGCGCCUUAUGUGACAGAGAUCAUAGACCACAGACCGACAGACCGGAGCGAUUGGAACUUCAAGGAUGACACGCGGAGUACCAUAGAGGUGGUGGGAUCCUGUGCAACUCUGGUCGCCAGGAGGAUAAAAGAGCUAAGCUCCCUGAUGGGUAGAGACGUUGAUUUCUUCAACACAUACCCUUUUAUAAGCGAUAUGUUACACGGUACUAUAAUAUUGGACACCGUGAAUUUCUCUAAAGAAUUCGAUAAGACAACUCCUCAAGAUGUGGAGAUGGUACUAUUCCUAGAGGAUCUACUCAAAUCACAAGACUGCCAGUUAUACAGAAAGACGAAGCUAGAUCAUCUGACGAGAGCAAAAGCGGAAGUGUCUUCGCUAACUGCUGCGCAACUCUUGAGGAAGGACGCUAAGACAUUCGGACACAUACUGGUCCCGUCCUUCCCAAUAUUAGUCCAGGAAUUCCUAAAGAAGUCAAACGUGAAAGAAGCGCUGGAAGAAUCUUUGCAUAAGAGAAACUGCUCUAUAGUGUUACUAUUGGGCAUGGACUUGUCAGCAGGAAUGAAGAGGGACGUCGCUAUCUACGCGAACGAGACGGAAAUAGCUGAGCAGUUAGGCAGUUUUCUGGAGAGAUGGAGGGACUCGUAUCUACAGUUAGAGUGUAAGGAAGCGCCAUCGCCUGUUAGCCGGUACUACAGACAGUUGAAUCUUGCAGCCACUAGGAAGCAAUACAUACCUGCUUUAAAUCAAUACUUGAGCAGCGGAAAUCAAUAACUUACUUCUACAAGUUUAUUUAAAAAAAAACAAGUGUGCUUGUGACACGACUGAAGUGAAACUUCUUU